CUGUGGAUGAAAAUUUGCGUUUGCGAUUCAGUUCUGCGCGAACUACGAAACCGUUCACACAGCAGUAGCGGCGCCUUGUUUUUCGUGGCGGGAACAAAAAACCGCAAGAAAACUAAGUGAAUCCGUUUUAGAAAUUUGCUAGCACGUUUUUAUAUAAGAAUUGCACUGAUGCUCAAUGACGAAUAGUCAAAAUCAUCCGUUAAAACAUACCGAAACAAAAAAUAGAAAAACACCCCUAAAGAUAUGUUUAUUACAGAAAAAAUCGUCAAAUAUUCGGAUAGAACUGUCGGAUAUUCGAAAAUGACGUGCUGGAUGUUGCUGUUGUGUUGUACGUCUAUUUGUACAGGUUUGGUGCAUCGUAGACCAAGACCAGGAGCCUCCUGGAAUGGACAUGAGUUCCAUACAUACCCUCACCCUGCUCAGCAGCUUGUGGUGCCCAGAAGUAUUAUGGUGGAUGUUGUUAAUGAUUUAGGCUUAAAAUUGUUAGCUAUUCACAAUGAAAACAACGAAGAUAAUAUAGCCAUAUCGCCCUAUGGGGCUGUUAGUAUUCUUAUAGCUUUAGGAGAAGGUCUUCAGGGUGAAGCGGUACGUGAACUGCAACAAGCUGCUCAUAUUCCCAACGACAUUUCAAUUAUUAGAGUGGGUUUGCGAGAUAUUCAUCGCCAUUUAAAGAGUUAUUUUAUUCCCAAAGAAGGUUUCCUAGCAGGAUUAACCUUAAACCAUGAGAACGUUACUUUAAGAUCAUCCUAUGUCGACACUUUAAAGUACUAUGGUUUUGAUAUUACGUCUUUUAACAGUGGGUUAUAUCCCCCUCCACCAACAACAGAGCGACCAUCUUUAACAACUACAGACACACCUGGAAGAGAAAUGACCAUGGAGAUGACGUUACCUCCAACUGCUACAGAACAACAACCUAAGUUAGACACUACAGUGGUUACAGCAUCUGUAACUGUCAAAGAUAUGGUUACCACUACAAAUCCAACUACUACUUUAACUACAGAAGAAACUACAGCUCCAACUACUACGAUUAUCCCUAUGAUAUCAACUGAAUUAAGUACUAUGUUACCUACAGAACUCACUACCACUAUUACAACUUUACAACCAACUACUACACCAAAUUCAGAACCAAGUACACUUAAAAUAGUUACCACAGAAGUACCUACAACUAGUACUACAGUUGUGACUACAGAAGUAAGUAUGCGUACUACAGAAGAAGUUACAAAAAUUACUAGGGAAAUAAAAGAUAAUAGCAUUACACCCAGUAUCACAACUGAAGAAAUGUAUACAACACUUGCAACUUCUCCUACAAGUACUUCCGAGGAACCAACAACAGUUACCACUAUAAAUAUAGAUACCACUACAAAGGUGAUCAAAGAAACUAUGGAGACAACUGCAGAAGAGGUUACAACUACAGAAAUUAAUACAGAAAACGUACCAAUGGAAAUUUCAUCAACCACUGAUUAUACCACUCAAGCAGAUACUACAGUAAUAUCUCCUAUAACAACUACAACAGAAAGUGCCAUUCUAGAAACUACUUCUAAGAUACCUGAUACAACAAUAAUUACUACUAUUGAACCGAUAGGAAGUGAAACAGAAACAACAACAGAAAUUAUAAUGUUGGAAACUAUAUUAGUAACUUUGCCAUCUGAAAUAUCAACAACAGUUGACUUAUUACCACAGACUACACCUACAGUUAUAUCAACACAAGGUGAAUCAUUUCCGCAAACUACAAUUACAGAAACAACAACAGACAGUUUAAUAGAAGAAACUACAACAGAACCAAGUUUAUCCAAAGAAACGUCAACUGAAGCUUCAAAUGAAGGUGAAACAUUCACACCAGCUAAAUCUACAGCAACAACAAUCGAAUCUGUAACAUUUGAUAGUACAUUGGUACCAACUGAGAUUUCAACAGUGGCUGAAUCAUUCACACAAACUCAAGUUACAGAAAAAAUCACAACUGAAGCACCAGCUACAGAAAUUAAACCUGAAGUAUCAACAAACACUGAAGCAGAAGACAGUACAAAAGAAAUAUCUACAGAAACUGAAUCUGUUCCAGAAACAACAACUUUACUGUCAUAUCCCUACCCAGAUGCAUCAACACCAGAGAUCGAAACGUCUAAAGAUGUUGAUGAAAAUGAGGUUUUUGCCAGUGAUUCCCCAACUUUGCCUGCUAAACGAAAACGAUCAAAAAAUAGCUUCAAGCAGUUAAAUAGUUACAAACACAGACCCAGAUCUACUUACACCUCGGAUUAUAAUGAGUACCUUUCUGGAAAGAAUAGAAAAUUAGCCAGUGGAAUAGGAGAUUCAAAGAGAGAUCCAAUAAGAAGAACAAGAUCCGUGGUAGACUACGUAAUUGCUAGAUACUACGAUGACUAUCACUCAAACAACCAUCAUAAUUUGGAACCCUAUGUACCACAAAUGAGACCCAGCUUCUUAAUACAGGGAAAGUAUCGAGAAAAUCAAAUUGAGUUCAUGAAGUACGAUACAGUACUACCGUUUUUCUACGUAUCUCAUCUAAAGGUUCAAGCUUUAAGCUUUCCAUUGGACAGCCCGAAAUAUUACUUACUCAUACUGCUACCUGUGCAAGAAAACGGUGUCGAUAGGCUUAUUUGUGAAUUGAGGUUCAAUGGAAGUUUGAAGUAUAUCAUAGAAAAUUUAAGGCUCAGGCAUGUGACCGCUGUUAUACCAAGUUUUAUGCUGAAGGGGUAUGUCAAUUUGACACCCACUUUGCAAAAGUUGGGUAUUCGACGAGUUUUUGAACCAAAUCAAGCGGACUUUUCACCAAUGACCAGUUUCAGAGAAAUUUUUGUAACAAAUAUAGAACAGGCCAUUACAGUUAACAUCAGAAACUAUGUAGAACCUGAUCCUAUAGUCAACAGAAGAGAAUUCCGUCAAGAUCCCCCUGUAGAUUUUCGUGUAGAUCGACCUUUCCUCUACUUUGUUGUAGACACAGAACUUCAUGUAACGUUAAUGGCUGGUAAAAUUGUCAAUCCUUUAAAUACUAGAAUAACGUAAAUAAUUUUGUGAAAUAUGUACCUGUAAAAAAUAAAGUUUUUAUAAAUAA